UGUUCUAAAGAGGAUCCAGAAGGUUCUAAAAAAAAAAAAAAAAAAAAAGGGUCCCAGUUUGGACGCGCAGGUCUGGAUGCGCCCCUCCGAGCGCAGGUGAGCCUUAUGACUUUUGGCGGGGCUGCAAAUGGGCGGCACAGGUGGCAACCUCUACCUCAGCAUGUUGACCGGCGCCGAGGCGCAGACCCUGGCGAAGACCCCCGACGGGAGCGGACACCUCCACCGCGGCGGCGCCAAGGACCUGGCGGACUUGAAGAUGGGCAUCCAGGACGCGCGGUUCUACUACCCGGACUCGGUGGCGGGCGCCCAGGACGCCCUGGCCCUGCAGUACCACGCGGAGCAGGCGGCCGGCGGCUUUGGGGCGCAGCCCGCCCGCUUCUACGCGCAGACGCUCGCCGGCUGCCCGUACGGAGGCGUGCGCUCGCCGCCGAGGAGCGCCGCGGGACCGGGCUACGGGGACGGCUUCCCCGCGGCGGGCAAGGACUCGUACCCGCCGUCGCCGGAGAGCUUCGCGGCGGGCUACCAGCGGGCCGGCCUGUACCCGCUGCCCGGCCUGCAGCUGUGCGGCAAGACGCAGGCGCUCCUCAACAACUACCCGCUGUGGGCCAAGUUCCACAAGUUCCACACCGAGAUGAUCAUCACCAAGCACGGCAGGAGGAUGUUCCCCUUCCUGAGCUUCAACAUCAGCGCUCUGGACCCCUCCGCCCACUAUAACGUCUACGUGGACGUGGUUCUGGCGGACCAGCACCACUGGCGCUACCAGGGGGGGAAGUGGGUGCAGUGUGGCAAAGCGGAGGGCAACAUGCCAGGAAACAGGACGUACGUGCACCCCGACUCGCCCAACACGGGCGCACAUUGGAUGAGACAGGAAGUGUCCUUCAGCAAACUCAAGCUGACCAACAACAAAGGCAGCACCAACAACGUGGCACAGAUGAUCGUGCUUCAGUCGCUGCACAAAUAUCAGCCUCGUCUUCACGUGGUGGAGGCCAAGGAGGACGGCUCGGAGGACGCCUUCCAGCCGUCCAAAGCUCAAAGCUUUGUCUUCCCCGAGACGCAGUUCAUCGCCGUCACCGCCUACCAGAACGCAGACAUCACGCAGUUGAAGAUCGACCACAACCCCUUCGCCAAGGGUUUCCGGGACAGCUACGACACUUUGUACGCGCCCCCCGACCGCCUCACCCCCUCCCCCACAGACAGCCAAGCGCUGCUGGCGGGGGGCUGCUACCCUCCAGGCUACCUGAGCGAGCCGUACAUCAGCCCACUGCCCCAAAGUCGCUUCUACGGCCGCGAGCCCGUGACGGGGGCCCAGCAUCACAAGGACCCCGCCUCCAGCCCGGGGCCCCACUGGUACCUGCCGUCCCAGCAGGCCGUCACCCCCAACCGCCUCGACUUCGCGUCGUCCUUCGAGGGCGACUUCUCGGGAGGCGGCCUCUACAAGCCCUUCCCCCUCCAGACACCCACCCUCAGCUACUACCCCGAGCACCCGUUCGCCUCCACCAGCGUGUCGGCGGCCACCACGGCGGCAUGGACCGCCACCCGGCCUCCCGCUCAGUACCUCAGCCACCCCGGGAAACCCUCCCCCAGCCUGGCCUGGUUCAGACCGCUCGCCUCCUCCCCCUCGUCGCCCGGCAACGCCCGGCCGCACCUCGCCUCCCUGCUGGAGCCCCCCUUACCGGGUGACAAGGCGAAGGAGGCGGGGGAGGAGCAUUGGCUGGCGCCGCUCUCGGUGAAGUCGGCCGACCCGACAGACUCGCCGCUGUUUGCGGGCGAGGUGAAGAAGAGGAGGGUGUCGCCCAACACCUCCAGUGGCGAGAACUCACCGCCGCUACCGCAUGCAUCGGAAGUGUGCGACAAAGACAGCGACUACUUUGGAUAUUACACCCACUGAACGUCACACCCCCCCCCACCCUGGCCCCGCCCUCCCACUCACACCUGGAUGAGGUCCCCGCUGAACAUUUGUGCGGCCCCUCACGAGGACGUUUGAAGGCUAACGUCACACAGCAGGACGUGGAGCGGAUGCGACGUGUCCGCAGAAAGGACGCCCCGAGGUCACCUGAACGCAACACACACCUGCGACCGCCGCCUCGGAAACAUCUGGAUUGUUUAAAAAAAACUAAACAUGGGCAUAUCUUGACAAGAGCCUGCAGGCCUUGUCUCCUCUUCUUCUCCUCUUCCGCCGUCAAACAACCUCUUUUCUCACCCUCUCCUCCUCCUCGCACCCGCCGUUCACCUGGCGCCCGCUGGUGGCGGCGCAGAGUACUGCAGGCUUGAUUUUCUCACUCAAAUGAAUGCAUUUUUCAUCUUCACUGCUAAACGAAGGAACAUAUGCAAACUUCCAACAGCUAAAAUAAUAGCAAAGCCCUUGAAUCUCAACAAAAUUAUUUAGCUUUUAUAAAACAUACAGAGCGGAGCUGUUGGUUGUGACGGUUACCAAGACGAGCGCCAAAGCACGGGUGUCCAAAACACUGUUCGUAGCUCAAUUUUUAACGGCCCGCGGCACAAUCGUUAGCAUUCUAAUAUUAGCGUGUUAGCUUUUUCGCUAACAGUCAUAUUUGGUCUUUUGGUGCAUGCUAAUGUUAGCAUGCUAGCAUUUAAAAAUGUAGUUCAUUUUGCUCAUAUCCUUGUUACUUGAUGCUAUCUGGCCAGCGUGCUAACUGUUAGGUACACACCUGAGAGUAAUAUAUUACGGUACUUGAUACAUGCUAACUUUAGCAUGCUAGCAUUUAAAAAUUCAGGUACACACCUGAGAGUAAUUUGGUGCUUAAUGCAUGCUAACAUUUGCAUGGUAGCAUUUUAAACAAAUUGUUCAGGUUCACACCUCGGAGUAAUAUAUUUUGGUACUUGACACAUGUUAUAGUAAGCGUUUUAGCAUGCUAACUUUAAAAUGCUAGCUUUUUAAGCUAAUUCAGCAGGUAUACAACUCAUGUUUCAUAGAUUCGGAUAUUUCGCUAAUGCCAAUUGUAAGCAUGUUAGCAUAGUACUGUUAGCAUGCCAGCUUUUUUAGUUCAUUUUGCGCAUAUACUUGUUACUUGAUGCUAUCUGCUAUCAGCGUGCUAACUGUUAGGUACACACCUGAGAGUAAAACAUUACGGUACUUGACACAUGUUACAGGUAGCGUUUUAGGAUGUUAACUUUAACAUGGAAGCUUUUGCAGCUAAUUUAGUAGGUAUACACCUCAGUCGUAUUUUUGCACUUGAUGCAUGCUAACGUUAGCAUGUCAGCAUUUUAAACACAUUUUUCAGGUACACACCUCGGAGUAAAAUAUUAUGGUACUUGACGCAUCUUACAAUUAGCCAUUUAGCAUGCUAACAUUAGCAUACUUGCUUUAUUAGCUAAUUUUGUAGGUAUACACCUCAGUCAUGUGUUGGUACUUGAUGCAUGCUAAACAACAUUUUCCGGUACACAC